AUGAAGAGGAUGACAAAAGAAUCAGCUGUGGAAAUGGAAGGUCUCUAUUCUACAAUUACACAAAUCUAUCGAACUUUAGAGACACUUGGACGACCAGUUAACACUUGGGAUGAUUUCUUGGUGUUUAUUACGGUUCAACGUCUGGAUUCAGAAUCUGUCAAGGCAUGGGAACUCCAUCUAGGUUCUACCAAAGAUCCUCCAACUUGGAAACAGUUCAUAGAGUUUCUGAUGAGUCGAUUACUAACUCUCCAAGCAGUCGAAAAAUCAAGAAAGCCUGGGUCUCAGCAUAAUCCAAGAGUAACUACGGUUCAUCAUGCAUCUGGAGAUCCAAGUAAUUUCAAGAAAUGUUCUAUUUGCUCCGCAGAUCAUUAUACAGCUAAAUGUCCAGAGUUUGCUAAUAAACCACUUGAGAAAAAAUUGGCAAUUAUCAAAGACAAGAAGUUAUGUUAUAAUUGCUUGAGAAAUCAUCUAGUCAACAAGUGUACUUCGACAAGAAGGUGUAUGAAUUGCGGAAAAAGACAUCAUACAGCUAUCCAUAGAGAUGAAGCAGAUUCAACACCAAAUGUUCAAGCCAAUUUAACAUCUUAUUCAACUUCAACAGCUAAUCAAACUCUGCUCGCCACUGCUCAAGUCGCAGUCGUUUCGGAACAAGGAUAUCAAGUCCAAGCAAGAGCAUUGAUUGAUCCUGGGUCUCAAGUAUCUUUUAUAUCUAAAAGAUUAGUUCAGCAGCUUCAUCUUAAAAGGAAACCAGUAAUAUUCGAAUUACAUGGAAUCGGCGCGGUAAAUGCCGGAAGAACUCAAGGUCUGGUAUCAGUUACAUUACGACCUCACUUCAAGUCAUCUCAACAAGUAAAUAUUCAAGCUCAUGUUCUUCCUAAGUUAACAGCAAGGAUUCAAGCUACGUCAUCUGCAAAUUGGAGUCAUUUUCAACAACUUCAACUAGCCGACCCUAGCUACAAUCAACCUGGUAAAAUUGAUGUUAUCAUUGGAGCAGAUUAUUAUGGUCAAAUUUGUCUUGAAGGACUACGAAAGGGACCAAAUAACUCUCCUACGGCUCAAUCAACGAUCUUCGGAUGGAUCCUUUUCGGUCCCACUGGAAAUUCUUCUACCUCUUCAAUACAGUGUUUUCACACUUCUGUUGAUGAAGAACUCUACGAACUUAUACAAAGAUUUUGGAAGCUCGAUGAUAUUCCUGUAAGCAAUAAAUCUUCUUUAACCCCAAAUGACCAAGAAUGUGAAGAUCAUUUCAAGGAAACACAUUCUCGAGAUAAUACUGGCCGCUAUAUCGUCAGAUUACCAUUUAAAAAGCCGGUCGAAUCUCUUGGAGAAUCAAAGAGUGCAGCACAUCGUAUGUUAUUUACUUUAUCUAAGCGAUUCCUGAAAGACUCAUCAUUGAGGAUAGCUUAUCAUGGAUUCAUGGAUGAAUAUCAACGACUACAACAUAUGAGAUUGGUAUCUAAGUCUACUGCUGAGCCUAAGCACAGCUAUUACUUACCUCAUCACGGAGUAAUACGAGAACAAAGUCUAACAACUAAAUUGCGAGUGGUCUUCAAUGCAUCUUGUAAGACUUCAAGUGGGUUAUCUUUAAAUGACAUUCUUCACACUGGACCUAAGCUACAAACUGAACUAAUCGAUGUACUCUUACGAUUCCGGUUCUUUAAAUAUGUCUUCGUCUCGGAUAUUGAGAAGAUGUACAGACAAAUCAUGGUCCAUCCAAAUGAUUGGGAUCUCCAGAGAAUUUUGUGGAAAAACGAAAAGGAUGAAUUAAUUAUUUAUCAACUAAUGACUGUCACUUAUGGGAUGGCUUGUGCUCCCUUUCUAGCUUUGCGAGUUAUGCAGCAACUAGUUGAAGAUGAAGGACCAAAGUACCCUCUGGCUAUAUCAACUCUAACAAAAGGCCGAUACGUUGACGAUGUUUUCGGUGGUGAAGAUUCCAUUCAAGAAGCACAAGAAACGGUGAAACAAGUAAACAAUCUCUGCAUGGCGGGCGGUUUCCCUCUUAAGAAAUGGAUAAGCAAUGAACCUUCAACUCUUCAAUCAAUCUCAUCUGCGGAUCAACUUCUGGCUUCUUCAGUAACAAUUGAUAAAAGUACAGUUGUACAUGCUCUUGGCAUGAAUUGGAGUCCGAUUACUGAUAAGUUCCAGUUUACAUGGAAUAUUCCUGCUUAUUCAAAAAUUACAAAACGGACAAUCCUAUCAACCAUUGCUAGAUUCUUCGACCCACUUGGACUUCUGGCUCCGGUAGUAAUCACGGCAAAGAUCUUUAUUCAACAACUCUGGACGAAUCAGCUGGACUGGGACGAUCCACUAUCUGCAGUUCUUUCAAAUCAAUGGAAAGAUUUGAUUCAGAGUUUCCAAGAGAUGAAUCAGAUGUCAAUUCCUCGCUGGCUUCAAACAUCACGCAGUAAUCCUUGUGAAAUUCAUGGAUUUUGUGAUGCAUCUCAGCAAGCUCUCGCUGCUGUCAUUUACGUCUUAUCAAAAGAUCCAAAUGAAAAAACUCAGACUGUGUUAUUGUGCUCGAAGACCAAGGUAGCUCCUAUCAAGAGGCUAACGAUCCCUCGACUAGAACUAUCAGCUGCUGUCCUACUAACAAAAUUAGUUCAUCACGUUCUUCAAAAGUUUGAAAUAAAGAAACCUCAAGUUCAUCUUUGGACGGAUUCCGCAAUCACACAUACUUGGAUAAAUAAUCAUCCAUCUCGUUGGAAAGAAUUUAUUCAUAACAGAGUUUGCUUUAUCCAAGAAACUCUUCCCGCAGCAAAAUGGCAUUUUGUACCAGGUAAAGAAAAUCCUGCUGACUGCGCUACACGUGGAUUAACUCCAACUCAGUUAUUCAAGCAUUCUAUUUGGUGGUUUGGUCCUGAAUGGUUAAAGCAGUCAUCAUCAUCAUGGCCUAAUGGUUCAACAAUUCCAACGAUCAACGAUCAUCUGGAAGAACGUCCAAUUAAAGUAAUGACAACCAAACUUAUACCUAUGUCAAUUGAAGAGUUUCUUCGGAGAACAACACCGAAACCAUUUGAUCAACUAAAUCGCAUUUAUCAUAAUUUAACUCGACUACUUCGUAUCACUGCCCUUUGUAGAAGAUUCAUUCUAAGAUUACGGAAGAAAGCAGCAAAUCUUAAAACUGAGCCAAUCACUGUACAAGAAUUAAACGACGCUAAAUUCUACUGGGUCAAGAUAACGCAACAACAUGCCUUCAAUCAAGAAAUCAAACAACUAUCCAGAGGAGAACAUCUGUCCAACUCUAAUCCUCUAGUAAGAUUAACACCUUUUAUCGAUUCACAAGGGAUUCUUCGAGUAGGAGGAAGAUUAGAGUCAUCUCACUUGCCAUUUGGUGCCAAACAUCCAGCUAUUCUUCCACGAAAUUCUCCACUGACUAAGAUGAUCAUUGAUAAAGCUCAUCAAAAAACUCUUCAUGGAGGAAUCCAAAAGACUUUAUCCUUUAUUCUAGAUGAAUUCUGGAUUAUUGGAGGAAGAACUUCAGUCAAAUCAGCAAUCUGGAACUGUGUAAGAUGUGCAAGAUUCCGACAAAUCAAGAGCCAACAACUAAUGGGUCAAUUACCAAUUCAUCGAGUUACUCCUUCUCGUCCCUUUUUGCAUACCGGUGUUGACUAUGCUGGACCAUUCAUGCUAAAAACUUGGAGAGGACGCAAUGCUCGUGAAUAUAAAGCAUACAUUGCCUUAUUUGUCUGUGAAUCUACGUCAGCUAUUCAUCUAGAACUUGUCACCGAUUAUACAACUAAUGCCUUUAUAGCAGCUUAUAAACGGUUUACUGCCAGACGUGGGAUUUGUGCAACAUUGAGAAGCGAUUGUGGAACCAAUCUCAGAGGAGCGGACUCGGAACUUCGAAACCUCUUUUCUUCAACAUCAAAACAGCUUGGUAAACUAGCUUCACUCCUCGCCAAUGACGGUACUCAAUGGUUGUUUAAUCCUCCUUCUGCUCCUCAUUUCGGUGGAAAGUGGGAAUCUGGAGUGAGAUCAACAAAACACCAUCUUUGUAGAGUAAUAGGAGAACAACAACUAACUUAUGAAGAAAUGAGUACCUUCCUGACUCAAGUUGAAGCUGUUUUGAACUCAAGGCCUCUAUGUUCGCUCACUGAAGAUCCUGAUGAUCUUUCCGUGCUAACUCCUGGUCAUUUUCUUAUAGGAGGACCACUAAAUAUUGUACCUGAACCUUCUUUAGAAGAUAUUCAAAUAUCUCGUCUUUCUCGAUGGCAGCUUCUGCGACGCAUGACUGAUGAUUUUUGGACUAAGUGGUCUAAAGAAUAUCUUCAAAAGUAUCAACCGAUUUACAAAUGGAAUCAACCAAUGCCUGAAAUCAAACCAGGGUCACUAGUUCUCAUUACGGAUGAAAGAUAUCCACCAACAAAAUGGCCUCUAGGACGUAUCAUCAAGGUUCACCCCGGUAAGGAUGGCCACGUUCGAGUAGUUACUGUAAAAACGGCUACGAGUACCUUUGAAAGACCUGUCACUAAAUUAAGAAUCUUACCAAUUCAUUAA